AAUCGGUUGAUUCUUCUUCUCCAUUCUUUCCACGCCAGGAAACACACAGCCGCCAUCGACUUUUUUGCAUCAAAAAAAUUUGGAGAUUCCUCAUACUAAAAACACGCCCCUAUCAUUUCUUUCCAAUCCAGCAAUUGUGGGGACUAUUUUCUGAACGCGAACUCCAUAGAAACACACCCAUUUAAACGACAAAAGUUUUUCUUUUGCAGCUCUGCUGAGCCUGUCUGAAUGGCGUCUACUGCCAUUACCUCACCCCCAACACGAUUGAUUCAUAAGAAAGAUGUUGGUCUUUCAGCCUUUUCUUCACGGGGCUCAUUUUCUAUUAGAAAUUCCCCCAAAAGGGUCCCUCAGAAGAUUGUUUCUGUGAUGGCACCUCAACAAUCUGAACGCAAACCUGCCACCACAGGCUCGGUCAAGACUGGAAUGACUAUGACUGAGAAGAUAUUGGCAAAAGCCUCUGAGAAACCUCAGUUGACCCCCGGUGACAAUGUGUGGGUUAAUGUUGAUGUUUUAAUGACUCACGAUGUUUGUGGGCCUGGUGCUAUUGGUAUUUUCAAGAGAGAGUUUGGGGAAGAUGCUAAGGUCUGGGACCGUGAGAAGGUUGUCAUCAUACCUGACCACUACAUAUUUACAACAGAUGAACGGGCGAACCGUAAUGUGGAUAUCUUGAGGGAUUUCUGCAAUGAGCAAAAUAUUAAGUACUUCUAUGAUAUUAAAGAUCUUGGCAACUUUAAGGCUAAUCCUGAUUACAAAGGUGUAUGCCAUGUUGCUUUAGCGCAAGAGGGACACUGCAGACCAGGAGAGGUUCUGCUUGGUACAGAUUCCCACACCUGCACUGCUGGGGCAUUUGGGCAGUUUGCUACUGGAAUUGGUAAUACUGAUGCUGGCUUUGUUUUAGGCACUGGAAAGCUUUUGCUGAAGGUGCCGCCUACUUUGAGGUUUGUCAUGGAUGGUGAAAUGCCUGAUUAUUUGCUGGCUAAGGAUCUAAUUUUGCAAAUUAUUGGUGAGAUAUCUGUGGCUGGUGCUACAUAUAAAUCAAUGGAGUUUGUUGGUACUACUGUUGAAAGUUUGACUAUGGAAGAAAGAAUGACACUCUGCAACAUGGUUGUUGAAGCCGGAGGCAAAAAUGGUGUGGUUCCAGCAGACAGCACAACUUACAAGUAUCUUGAGGAUAAGACGUCCGUGCCUUUUGAGCCUGUUUACAGUGAUGGACAAGCAAGAUUUCUGUCGGAGUAUAGAUUCGACAUCUCAAAGCUGGAACCUCUGGUUGCUAAGCCUCAUUCUCCUGAUAAUCGCGCUUUGGCAAGAGAAUGUAAAGAUGUGAAGAUUGACAGAGUGUACAUUGGAUCUUGUACUGGUGGGAAAACCGAGGAUUUUAUGGCUGCAGCCAAAGUUUUUCUUGCUUCAGGAAAGAAGGUCAAGGUUCCAACAUUCUUGGUCCCUGCUACCCAAAAGGUUUGGAUGGAUGUAUAUGCACUCCCAGUCCCUGGAUCCGGUGGGAAAACUUGUGCUCAGAUAUUUGAGGAAGCUGGUUGUGAUACACCUGCAAGUCCUAGUUGUGGUGCUUGUUUGGGAGGUCCCAGAGACACCUAUGCACGCAUGAAUGAGCCACAGGUGUGUAUUGUUGAUAGAUCUUUGAUUGAAAAGUGGAAUGAAUGCAUUGUGCUAUGGAUAAUUAUAAGUAUUAUGGAUAGAGAUAUACGUGCAAAGUCACAUGUUUCCACGUUUACCUGUCUGAGAACAGAGAUUUUUUUUAAUGAACUUGCAUCCUGGGUUGAGAUCAGACAAGCAUGUGUUCUGUUACCUACGUGUAGUUUUCGGUUUGUCGUUGACUCUGGCUAAGAACAUUAGUCGGAUAGGACACUUGGUACUAAUAUCAUUGGCCUUCUGAUUUAAGAUUCAACUAUUUAGUUGAUCUGUUCAGCCAAUCAUGAUUUGACAGUCCCGAGGAAUUGACUCUGUUAUACAUCUUGUUCCGGUCAGUUUGCAGAAAAAGAAGCAGUCAUUAAGUUUGAAUCAUCAGUCUUUUUCUUAUAAUCUUAAAAUUGUGCCAAUUGUAGGUUUGUGUAUCUACGACAAAUAGAAACUUCCCUGGACGAAUGGGUCAUAAGGAGGGCCAGAUAUAUUUAGCUUCUCCAUACACUGCUGCAGCUUCAGCUUUAACUGGAUAUGUAACCGAUCCUCGAGAGUUUUUGCGGUAAGUUGUAAGCUGUUUGGAAAUGACCCGAAACCGCAAUCCUUUGAGUGCUUUCCCUAACGAGUGUUGUCUGAAAAGAAGUUGAGGGAAGAGUUUUUGUUUGGGGCUCCUCUUUCUUGUAAUAUCAUGUUUGUGUCAUAAUAAUACAGUUAGGUGUAAUGUAAUCUGAGUUGUCUACCAGUUCCUACAAUGUAGCUUUUCCUCUUUUUCCUGAAAUUCAAUUCUUGUCAAAUUCCAAGGAAUUAGCAACUGUUGCUAAAAUAGCUAUUCAUGCCAUCACUAUUACCUUCGUAAACUAUAAAUCUAAACCAUUUUUAGAAGACCACAUAAAAUGUAAUGUUACACAGUGAUAAACUAUAAAUCUGAACUAUUUUAAAUUGACGGAAGAGUUAAAUAAACUACACUUGC